AGUGUAAAAAUAAGAUGUUCAGAGUUGUUAACCUGUGCCUGUUGGAGAGACAGUAUGUAUAUUGAUAUCAUAAGGAUUCUAAAAUUAUUCAUAAAAAAAAUCUUUAUUAAGAAUUAUUCAAAAUAAUAUGUCACCUCGACGAAUAAAUUAAAAUAAUAAUUGAGCAGUCUAAAAAUUGCAUGGCUGUUGCUUUGUGAAUGACCGCAAGCAACAUGCAGCUACCUAAUGCAGUACAUGAUUAUUAUUACACAAUUAAAGAAGAAAAUUAUCUUUUCUUGUUCUUCUCACUUAUUAUCAUCAUCCAUUCACCCUAUGCUACUUGGGAUGCCCUCCCCAUGCUACUUUAGAGUUAGGAAGGUUGAAAAUGAAAUUUUCACUCUGAUAUAAAUAGGAUUUUUUUAGUUUUUGUUUUUAUUUAAUUUAUUUUAAAUUUAAAAUUUUAAAAAUUUUACAUAUUAUUUGAUAAUUAUAAAAAUUUAAUUGUGACUAGAGGUGUUGAAAAUGAUGGAUGUCUCUUUAAUAACUUUUAGACAUUUCAAUCAUUCAUGAGUUACCCAUAAUUUAUUGGAAAACAUUAGAGGGUGAGUGCACAUUCACACAUAUGUAUAGAUGUACUUAUAUAAGUUUUGUAAUAGUUGCAUUUGUUGGGUAAUUUACAUAGUUAUUGUGUCCAUUGAGUAUGAUAUUCGCCUUCAUUUAAUUUAAAUAAAAUUUUUAUUGAUUUCAUCUUAAAUUAUAAAAAAAAUAAAUUUUUAGAUUAGGAUUUUUAUUAAGUGUGAAUCUUUUAUUUGGUAAAGUUAAAUCUUAAAUAUCAAAGAAUUGGAUGAGAGUGGAUUCAUUACUUAGCAACUAAUUUUGAGAUUAUGGCUUUUGUGCAAUCUCAUCGUUCAAGACUUAACAACCAAUCUUGAUUGAUACAUUUCUUGUAUAUAAUAAUUAAUAUGUAUAAAGCACAAAUAUUAUUAUAAUAAACAAAGCAAAUGAGUAAAUAUGUAUUGAUUAGAAGAUACAAAUCUGAAGUCCGCCAACAAAUUACAAAAGGGGCAAACAGCGUUCUUUGGGUACCAAAACUUGGAAGCUAUGGUGUAAAAAUAAUAAUACGACGUAACAUAGAAAGAAUGGGAUGUUCUUGAAAGACGGGGAGCAGAGCAGGGGGUACCCAAAUUGCCCGCAAACUUGGCAUUGUACCAAAAACUAUCCCUAAAGUUUCCGUUGGUUUUAUUUUAAUAAUAACGUUGAAACUUCAACAAGCAUAGUCUCUCUCUCUCUCUCUCUCUGCCUCUGCCUCUGCCUCUGCCUCUGCAUGGGAUGUCAGCGGCAGAGAGCAGAAAUAGGAGGCUUUUGGUUGUGUGUUGGGUUUUCAUUGCAUUGAAAGCACCGCUCAGAGCAAUAGCAAACGGAACCAACCCUCUCAACCUCAAGAAUUUACACAGCAAAUAGGAGAGAAAACAGAAGGAGAAACCUUUCCACGCAGAGAGAGAGAGAGAGAGAGAGAGACUUUCUUCACUACAGCCGAGAAAAUUUUUCCCAAUGCUGAACGAAAAAAGUUAGAUAUUUGUAAUGCAUUAACGUCCUUUAGGCAUCAACAAUCUUGCGGGUUUGUCGCCUCCUGGGAAGAACAGGCAUCAAACAAACAAGCUUUUGCCUCUUCCUUCACUUUCCCCCCGGUCUGCAGGAAGAAUGCUGUGAAUCCUCGUAAUUUGCUGAAGAAGACCAGACAUCCGGAAGACAGCCCCUGUUCCAGUAGGCCACAGAAUGCUACGCCGCAGGUUCAAUUCUUUUGCUUCUGCUCAAGAUCUGAGAUGCUUUGAGAUUGAAAAGGAGAAAGAAGACAUCUCCUCCCCUAGGGGAGUCUUAGAAGCGUGCAUAAGAGGCUUGGACACUGAAGCUGGUCCUCGUGAAGCCAACUCCUCCUCCUCAGAGCCCAAAUUCUGUGAUUCAGAUUCACGGCCACACCCUCGCUGGCGUGGAUUCGUCAAGCUCUGGAAGAAAGGCCCCAUAAAGCGGUUGCCUUCUUUUCCUCCCUUUUCAGUGCCACGAACAUCAAGAUCAAAGAGCAGAAAUGCAAGAGAGAACAUCAAUGCAAAUUUCUGUUAUUUCAAGUCUUCCUGGAAGAACUUCACCCUGUCUGAGCUCCGAACUGCAACGAAAAACUUUAGACAAGAGAAUUUGAUUGGAAGCGGUGGUUAUGCUGAUGUUUACAAGGGCCGGUUUCCAGACGGACAGCUUGUAGCAAUUAAGCGGCUGAACAAAGGACCUCCUGAGGAGCAGAUAACGAGCUUUUUAUCCGAAAUCGGCACCAUAGCACACGUAAAUCAUCCUAAUACUGCUAAGUUGAUUGGGUUUGGAGUUGAAGGUGGAAUACAUCUUGUUCUUGAAUUAUCACCUCUCGGGAGUUUAGGAUCGCUUCUUCGCGGAUCCAGGGAAAAGCUGAAUUGGGCUGUUAGGUACAAGAUCAUCGUAGGGACUGCCAAAGGCCUGCUUUAUCUUCAUGAGAACUGCCCAAGGCGAAUUAUUCACAGAGAUAUCAAGGCUGACAAUAUUCUGCUUACAGAGGAUUUUGAACCUCAGAUAUGUGAUUUUGGGCUUGCAAAAUGGUUGCCAAAAGAAUGGACACACCAUAAUGUGCCGAAAUUUGAAGGUACAUUUGGAUAUUUUGCUCCAGAAUACUUUGCUCAUGGCAUAGUGGAUGAGAAAACUGAUGUAUUUUCUUUUGGAGUUCUACUUUUAGAGCUCAUUACGGGACGUGAAGCUUUGGAUGAGACAAAGAAAAGCCUUGUCCUUUGGGCAAAGCCUUUGCUCGAUGGCAAUUGUGUCAAGAAACUUGUUGAUCCUUCUCUUCAUCAUAAUUAUGAUGCCAAAGAGAUGGAUUGUGUCAUCUUGACGGCCUCUAUGUGCAUAGAUCAAACUCCAUCACUACGACCUCGAAUGAGUCAGGUUGUAAAUCUUCUAAGGGGUGAACAUUAUAAUGCAAAGUGUUCACCGGGCAGUCAAAAGCGCUUCCUCCAACGAACAUUCUCAGAAGAACUCUUGGAUGCAGCAGAAUACAACUCAACAAAGUAUCUGAAAGAUAUGAGUCGACAUAAGGAGAUUGCUUUGGGUUCUUGAAAUCGUCAAUCAACUUUUCAAUGAGUGUACUUACAAUCGUUCUUGUACUUAAAACAGAAAAAUUGCAAGGGGAUGAUGACCAAUGGAGUAAUCCAAGUGUUGAACUUUGUGAUUAGGGAAAUCAAAUCAUUAGUCCUUUGUACUUGUUCAGGGUGGGAACAUACAACCACUAAGGUCGUGAAAAGGUAGAAAAGAAUACUUCUUGCAUUCA